UUUUUUGCCUUUUUCAUCGCGUGAUUCUUCGAAGCUGAUUAGCGGCCGACACUUUCCUGAGAUCCACUUUCGUUCGUCCCUGGAGAGUAAGGUCGUCCACUCGUUAAAAGCCAAUGACGAGCAUGGACAGUGAUCUCUAGAAAUGAUGGAAUAUUAUGGGUGUCUUCGUUGGAUUUCGGCGGUGAAGGGUUCCUCGUAUAAAAGCAUCGCGCUCGCAACGAAUUCCUACGAUUAUUUUUCUACGCUUCUCUUCGCGCGAAUCACUCGAAUCCAGGUUUGACCCUCGUCGAAAUGACGAUGCGUAUCCUCUCGUUGUUCGUGUUGUGCACGAUGAUCUGCCAGAUCUGUCUCGCGAAACCAGCCCAAGUGUUACAGAGCCAGGAGUCGUUGAGCCCUGUAAAAGAAGCGACAUCCGAAGUUGUUGGUAACAAGAGGGAUCAACGAUCGCCACAGUUUGGAUUCCUCAAUGAAGAAUUCUCGAAUCCGAUACUAUCGCGACCAGGUUUUCCUAUAGUUUAUCCAGCACAGGCUAGUGAAUCGGAAUCUUUCGCGGAAUCUUCCGCAGAAUCCAUCAACACGAAUGGAGGUCUUUCCAUAGAGGAAAGUCAAGCGAAUGCGCAGAGUGCUAGUUUUAAUUUCGGCCCGUACUCUGCGUCUUUCAACGUUGCCGAAUCUUCCUCGGGAAGCCAAAGCUUUUAACACGUCCAACAUCACUUCACCCUCCCCUCGGCCGCGAACGGAUCGCCUCCAAUCCGUCUAAUACAAGAUGGCGUCGAUCGUCUAUCGGCACCGUUGUUUACAAACAUUCUACAUCACUAUAGAUAAAUAGAGGCGAGCAGCCUGGCCGAAAAAUGGACGAACCACCCUCGUGGAGAUUUCCUGAGGGCCCAGAGUUCUCUUUGUCCGUACGCCAGAUGUUCCCGCGAAUAAAACCGAUAAAAUAUCGCGAUGCGGUCCUCUCGUCGGCGGAGGGACGAGGAAGGCCGGUGCAAGGAAGCGGAGAGAGGAGGGCCGGGGAUUAAACGGCACAAAGGGAGGCGAAGAAGGAGGAAGAGGAGGCCCUGUAACAAAAAACAAAAAAAAAAAAAAAAAAAGAUGCGAACGCUGAAAAUCGGGAUCCGUGCAGGGAGGCGUGCAAUGACCGGGACCCGAUUCGUGAACACACAUUCGUGAUCCUCCACGCUAUCUAUCCGUCUGGAACUUUCUCCGCUGAGAAAGGCUGUUUCUUAUUGAAAAUAAAAAGCCCUAGGAAUCGAA